AUGGGUCCAUCAACCUCCCUCUUCUCCCGCACCCGACCCAGCAGAUCCACCCCCAAGAAAAUCCGCGGCUUCCUCUCUCUCCCCGGCGAAGUCCGCAACCAAAUCUACGCUUACUACUUCGAAUCCCAAUUCCGCUGCGAAAUCGCCUCCAAAGGCGCCAACUUCCACCCACCCAAGCCCAAAACUGUCAAGCUCUGGGCCGGCUCGUACUCCACUAAGUCCCCAACCCUCCAGCACACCUCUUCAACCAAAGAAGACACUCCACUAACCAUCCGUGUAUCACGCCCGCUGGGUAAGUACACCAUUGUGGGUGGCGUCCAGACAAACUGGCUCGCCUCGCUGUUUGCAGUCAAUUUGGUGUGUAAGCAACUCCACACCGAGACUUUGCCCUUCCUCUACCAAAAAACCGUCUUCGUAUUCGACGCGCCAAAGCGCAUCCUGUCGUUCCUCAGUGUCGUUUCAAACUCGAAGCUGGCAUACAUCAGCAAGCUACAACUGUACUACACAACCUAUGGCUCGCCCCGCAAGGCUGCAGAUGGCGUGUGGCAGUCCAAGCACAGACAGAGCUGGCUGCGCGCGUGCACUGCGGCGUCGAAGAAACUCGUCAGCCUUCAGAGUCUCAGGAUCUGGAUAUGCGUGCUUGAUUCUCCGUUGCGGUUUAAUCUAAGAGAAGCGUGGGUGCUGCCGUUAUUACAGUUUCGGCGACUUACGCGCGACACCGAGACUCUCAAGGCCGUCGAUAUAGACUUUCGCACUGGCUUGUCGGGCUUCAGUUUCACGAAUCCGUCGCUCAGAUAUGCGAGUGAGGACUUGCACCGCUUGUUUGGUCAGGCGAUCAGGCUUGCUAUACUGGGUGCGAAGGAGGAAGUGGCUAUGAAGGGAUUUAAUGAGGCGUGGGAGGGCGAGCAUGAGAUGUGGCAGUAUCAUCUGGGAUAUGGGAAGACGGGGUGGUGA